CUUGGCUCCUUGCUCCUUCUUUUAGUUAUUUCAAGCUUCAUCAAUGGAAGCUCCAAGAUAUUUGUAUUAUGUAAAAUGGUGAGGCGAGCAUGUUAAUGAGAAAGAGCGGACUUGGACGUUAGCCUAAAAAGUCCCGUGGUUUUCUCCUUUUCUGGGUUUCCACGUAAAAAUAGCUAGUUCAUACACUUUUAUAUAUUUAUUUGCUUUUAUACCGAAUCCAUCGUCCUUAAUAUUCGAAGUUUAUGUUGGGAUUUCGGAUCUACGGGACUAAACCUCAACAUUGACGCCGUCUGUGGGAAACAGAUCAAAAAGCAUAACAUGUUGUUCUUGAUUCUACAAAUUAUGAAAGAUGAGGGUAAACUGAUUCUGGGAGAAGAGGGAGGAAAGAAUGUUUCAGGUAAAACACAAGAACAGGAGAAGAACUCCAGACCAAAUCCAGACUCCAGCAGCUUAGUCGUAGCUCAGAUUGCUUCGCCCAAGGAGGAUGACGAUCCAGGGCUGCCAAUGAUUGAAGAAUAUGGUGAGUGGGACCCGCAUGCCUGCCAGCUUCCUACUCCCACGAAAGAAACCUGACACCAAGGCACAAGCCUACAACAACACAAGUGGGCAACUUGACAGAUUCAUCUUUAUCCUAGAUAAGACACCGGAUCCCGAACGAGAAUUGCCGGAGUGCCCAAGCUAGCGACUGCACCCGGAAAGAGUCCCAGGAGACCACCGGGUCACCCCCGAGCCUAGUAAGGGAACUCUCUAGGGUAUUCACCCCUGAUCGGGCACGCAGAAGAAGGGGAUGGGUUCCCAAUCGUUAGAUGCAGUACAUAGACCAGACAGCGGACUGCUCCGAAAUUAUUCCAGACAGUGGGGAGAAACACAAUGCAAUCGAGACAGAUAUACGAGACCAACAGUACGGUUUGACUCCCGAACGGUAGUACCUCCUGAGUCCGGAACAGAUGAAAGUACACAGCUCAGAUCAGACCACCUGCUCGUUACACCCGUCCGGCGUUGCACACUCCACUUGGUGUCCCCGACCGGCACAUCACUCAAUGGUGGACCAACAACGAACCCGCAAGGCCCUCUCAGCAGCUCAAUUUGUGGAACCGCUCGGUCCUCGGGUAGCAGUACGCACCCUUGGAAACUGUCACCAAUCAAACGCCGCACGGUGUCCAGAUAGGUGCCUAUAAAAGGAUUGCUAAUCAACGGCAGAACACCGACCGGCACCUCGUGGCUCUGUUCGGCUUGAAGGAACAGAUAAUUGCUCAGGCUACCCGUCCGGCCAAACAUUCGCAGGAGAAAUUCCUGCUCCAUUCCCGCGCCAAGGUCUGGCUACCGGAAUGAGUGCCGCUCGGUCGCUUUAUAAUCUGCCAUGCCAACGACAUCCUUCCGUCCGACAUCUUCCCGUCCAGUAGCUUCCCGUUCGGUACAUAAUCGUCCGACAUCUACCCGUCCGACAUCAUCCCUUCCGACAUCUCAUCGAAUGAGCUGCGUCUUGCCGAACGGGAAACAAGAUCGACAAUCCGCAUUAGAGCUUUUAACCAGCCAUUGUUGCCGGAUUUACAACUUGGAGGGAGGAGACCACCGCGAGCACGAGGUUCCACACAGACUCCCGAACGGGACACGUUCCGCUCCUGUGAAGAUAAGCAUUUUAUUAUGGGUUUCCAAUUAUUGGGCUGCAGGGAGAAUGUUAAGGCAGCAGUUGGGCCAACUUCAACCAGUUGGGCCAAAUCGUAAGGUGGUGGGAUUUUCGACUUGUGAAGGUUACAACGGACUAUCAUGGGGCCUACAUUUUUUAUUACAGGGCUGGACCACGUAUCUUCGGCAAUUACCAAUCUCCGGGCCAGCAACUUGGCCUGGCAAGCUACAAUUCAGCCUAUUCGAGCUAAGUACCAUUAUUUUCUCUGGUAUUAUUGCUAUGUUUGAUUGCCCCAUCAUUAUUUAAUAGGGGUUAAAAUAUCCCGAAUUAAAUAAAGCCGAGGGAAACUCCAAUGGUAGAUAUUCGCCGCCAUUUUGAAAUUAAAUGAUCGGUUUUGGGUGGGCCUAUUGACCCGCCUCCGAUCAGCAUCAAAUGCUAGUACAUUAAGAUAUUAAAAUGUUAAUUAUAGUAUCACUACUAUUAAUUGCACAUCACCAUUGUUAAUGCCAAGCGAAGCUUUGGUAAUAGGCUCACCUUCAUUUUUAUUAAAUGCUUGGUUGAAGUGCCCGAACGACAACCAUGCCUAGUACAGGGUGAAGUAGUUAGUUUGAUUAACUAAAGUUGUUAUUUCUUGAAAGCGUCUGACAAACCACUAGGUGGUUCUGAUAGCACCUGGGCAGUGCGAAAAAUGAAUCUAGGCCGAGGGUUAUUAUACCACUUGGCCGGUAGUCAUGAAUGAAAUAAGAGAAAUGUUAUACUUGUGUGUAUAUACUUGUAUAUGUUGUUCGGCCGUGCGACCAUAUUACUAUGCUUAUUGUGCAGUGGAAUUCGUGAUGGGAGAUCCAUGAUGUUGGCAUGAAGCGCGAAGACGUUCAUGACCGAUAAAGAAGAGAAGCAAAGCCGUUCGGUCAACUCAAACGGGAAGAUCAAUGAUGUUCAACAUGAAGCGCAGAGACGUUCAUGACUAGCAACGUAAAGAGAUUCAGGGAAAGCUGUUCGGUCAGCUCGAAAGGGGAGAUCACGAAACACAGAGACGUUCGUGACUGGCAACUUAAAGAGAUUUAGGGAAAGCCGUUCGGUCAGCUCGAACGGGGAGAUCACGAAACGCAAAGACGUUCGUGACUGGCAAUGUAAAGAGAUUCAGGGAAAGCCGUUCGGUCAGCUUGAACGGGGAGAUCACGAAACGCAGAGACGUUCGUGACUGGCAACGUAAAUAGAUUCAGGCAGAGCCAUUCGGUCAGCUCGAUCGGAGAGAUCACGAAGCACAGAGACAUUCAUGAAAAAAAGAGAUACCAAGAGAAGUCCUACGAGAUACCGCUCGGAGCCGUUCGAGAUUCCCUAGAAGGAAGAUAAAUGAUGUUCAGCUUGAUGCGCAGAGAAAUUCAUGGCCGAUUGAGAAAAGAAGAGACUACAAGUGUGUAGAUAUCACGACAUGUGGAGAGUCCAGAGAACUCCAUGACUAGCAAUCCGGACCCACCGUUCAGCACCUAGAGCAAGCUUCACGGGCAGGGGGCGCCUGCAAGACCCUCAGACGUCCUUGAUAAUGGUCGGGUCCUCCCACGCCUUUACAGAGGGAGGAUGACCGUCUUAUGCAGUACGAUCGGCCCCUCAGCGCCAUCGUAUCACGGGCAGGGGGCGCCUGCAAGACCCUCAGACAUUCUUGAUCAUGGUCGGGUCCUCCCAUGCCUUUACAGAGGGAGGACCACCCUCUCAUGCAGUUUAUCACCUCUGAAAGCAUCUUCACGCUCCACGGAGGGAGACUUAUUGUUCGGAUCAUCAUUGACUACUUCUAUACCUUCACAAUCGGCCACCCCGACACGAUGUGAUCAUCAUUGAGAGUCCCUGUAUUAAAAAAUUAAAAAAAAAGAAGAAAAGAAAAGAGAGAGACAAGGAAAUCAGGGCUCCCCGAAUGUCACUUUGACCGGUAGUAUAGAAGAACCGAACGUUAACAUUGAGAGUCUCACCUCAGCGGUUAACAUGGAAAUCGUUCCGGACGACCGAAUGAGGAACAUGUUAGCAGUUUGGAGGGAGCCAUCAUCUCUGCUAACAGAAUUUGACCCUGUACUUACGAACGGAUAAAGGGAUCAAAACAGCUUGGAGAUGGUGUCAAAGCUAUAAGUAUGGACGAACCGAGCGACGUUCGGUAACAUGGAUUGUUCGUCCGGGGGAUCGGAACUAUGGUUUUAAAAUCUCGCCUCAAUCAUUAACUUGAUUUGGAAGUGAGUCACCAUUUUAGCUAUAAAUAAGACAUGAUCUGAUCCGGGGAUCUUAUUUAUAGUUUGAAGAUGGUCAUCUCAAACCCCUAAUAAGGAUGAUUCGGAUCGGAAAAAACCGGACGGACUACAUCGGAAUUUUGGGUUUGGAAGAUAGAGAGUCUCACCUCACAUUUUAACACGUAAAAUCAUUCCGGAUGACCGAAUGAUGAACGUGUUAACAGUUUGGAGGGAGCCAUCAUCUCAGCUAACAGAAUUUGACCCUGUGAUCACGAACGAAUAGAGGGACCAAAACGGCUUGGAGGUGAAUCAUCUCAGCUAACAGACUUUGACCCUAUGAUCACGAACGAAUAGAGGGAUCAAAAUGACUCGGAGGUGAUGUCAAAACACAUGUUUGUAGAGUCGAGUCCAUGUCUAUCCGAGUCAAGUUGAGUCCAUGUUUGUAGAGUCGAGUCCAUGUCUAUCCGAGUCAAGUCGAGUCCAUGUUUGUAGAGUCGAGUCCAUGUCUAUCCGAGUCGAUUCGAGCCCAUGUUUGUAGAGUCGAGUCGAGUCAGGUCCAUUCCUGUGGGAAAUGGCCGUGUAAGGACCAUGGCAAUGACCAUGGCAUCGUAAGUCCAUAUCACAACAGGACCAUCUUAUGCAACACGGUCGGCCUCUCAGCGCCAUCGUGUCUAGUUCGUGUUCGACGAUGGCCACGUAAGGACCAUGGCAGUGUAAGCCCAUAUCACAGCAAGGCCCGCUUUUAUGCAGCACGAACGGGCUCCACAGCACCGUCGUGCCUGACUCUCGGUCGGGCUCGUCUAUCCUUGAUCUAGGAUGGCGACCGCCACUUUUAUGCAGCACGAACGGGCUCCACAGCACCGUCGUGCCUGACUCUCGGUCGGGUUCGUCCAUCCUUGAUCUAGGAUGACAGCCGCCGCUUUUUAUGCAGCACGAACGAGCUCCACAUCACCGUCGUGCUUGACUCUCGGUCGGGUUCGUCCAUCCUUGAUCUAGGAUGACAACCGCCGCUUUUAUGCAGCACGAAUGGGCUCCACAGCACCGUCGUGCCUGACUCUCGGUCGGGCUCAUCUAUCCUUGAUCUAGCAUGGUGACCGCUGCUUUUAUGCAGCACGAACGGGCUCCACAGCACCGCCGUGCCUGAGUCUCGGUCGGGCUCGUCUAUCCUUGAUCUAGGAUGGCGACCGCCACUUUUAUGCAGCACGAACGGGCUCCACAGCACCGUUGUGCCUGACUCUCGGUCGGGUUUGUCCAUCCUUGAUCUAGGAUGACAGCCGCCGCUUUUUAUGCAGCACGAACGGGCUCCACAAUACCAUCGUGCCUGACUCUCGGUCGGGUUCGUCCAUCCUUGAUCUAGGAUGACAACCGCCGCUUUUAUGCAGCACGAACGGGCUCCACAGCACCAUCGUGCCUGACUCUCGGUCGGGCUCGUCUAUCCUUGAUCUAGGAUGGCGACCGUCGCUUUAUGCAGCAUGAACGGCUGGCUCAUCAGCGCCGUCAUGCCUUCUUUUUGACCAGUCUUGUCGAUCCUUAAUCUAGGAUGGCGACCAUCACUUUUAUGUAGCACGAGCGGCAUGCUCUACCACGCCAUCGUGCCUAGUGCGGGAUUGCACCUCACUUAUGGAUUAUGCAUGCCUUGCGCCCAAGAUUAUUCAAAGACCGAUUCUGGGAUUGCAGGAAAGGAUGUGAGCAAGAGUAUACUUUUUCGAGUAAAUUUGUUAGCUCACUACUCAAGAAACUGAGGGACUUGUGUUGGGGAAUAUUAUCCCGGCCCUAUUUUGUUCUGAAGCCCAAGGCUUCACCUGAUAUGGAGCCCAGUUGACGAGGUCCAUUUAGGCCCCUCUGGCCCAUUUAGAGCCAUUGAGGCCCACCCGGGCUACUUGGGGUGGUUUCGGCCCAUUAAGGCCCAUUAGGCCUAUUGGCCCAUUAGAAUAGAAAACCCUCCCCUGGCUUAUAAAUAGGAAGCUUGGCUUCCAGAUUACAGGAUCUGCUUUACUUCUCUUCGGGGAGCUUGGCUCCUUGCUCCUUUUAGUUAUUUCAAGCUUCAUCAAUGGAAGCUCCAAGAUAUUUGUAUUAUGUAAAAUGGUGAGGAGAGCAUGUUAAUGAGAAAGAGCGGUCUUGGACGUUAGCCUAAAAAGUCCCGUGGUUUUCUCCCUUUCCGGAUUUCCACGUAAAAAUAGCUAGUUCAUACACUUUUAUAUAUUUAUUUGCUUUUAUACCGAAUCCAUCGUCCUUAAUAUCCGAAGUUUAUGUUGGGCUUUCGGAUCUACGGGACUAAACCUCAACAGUAAGGAUCGUAUGAGAAUACCAUCUUAGGGGAGAAAUGAGAAUAAUUUUGAAGCUUUGGAUUUGGAUAUUGUGUAUCAUGUAAAACAGAAAAGAGCAUAUAAAAAAUUGAAAAAUGUGCAUUUCAAAUAAAAUUGAAAAAUGUGCAUUUCAAAUGUGCAAAAGUUUCAACGUAAAUGUACCCAUUUAAAUUUUGCAUUACUUUAAGUAUGAAUGUGCAUCUGCGUGAAUGAUAAAGUGCAUCAUUUUGGAGCAUUCUCAUUUCUCACGUAAAUGAGUGUUCUCACUGGAAUCACAUCCAAUAUAUUUAUUAAAGAUUGAAAGUUUGGUGCAUUUGGAAUAAAAACCCUUUUUAAGAGACCAACAAAUUUAUUUAAUUGAGAGUCUUUGUCUAGACAAAAGAACAUGAAAAACUACAGUGUGUUGUUAGUAUAUUAUAUUAUACGGAGUAUUAAAUAUAAUAGAAUUUGUUAAAAUAAUAUUUUAAACGGUUUAGCCCUUUUUCAAAUUUUAAGACGUGUUCGAUUCCUAAGUUUUUAAGGACUCGCACCGCCCCGAACCGUUUGGUUUUACUAAAAUUAGGACCCGACCAUAACCUGCCUUGAACCUGUAUUACCUGUAUUGCCCACGCCUAUAAUAUAUACAGGUACUACGUAUUGAUUAUCUUUAUCUUUAAGGAAGGUCCAAUUUUUUUUUAAUACUUCAUACAUUAUAAAAAUAUAAAAUGGUUUUCUUUACUUUAUACUGAUGGAUAGUCUACCCGGGGUAUAUAUCCGAAGGGUUUUUACGGGGAAUAACUUAGAGAGAAGUCAGAGUAAGCAAGUAAAUGUAGAGAGAGAGUGUAUUCAGUAUGAAUGUCGUGGUUACAAAUGGGGAAAUGGGGUGCUAUUUAUAGUAGCAAUAAAUGCCGGACAGGGACACGUGUCAAACGCUCAUUGGCCGAGGGGUCACCUCAAUUGGUUGGCGCUGGCAGCCGCAUGUGGCCGCAUUUAAUGCGGCUGUUGGAUGGGACGUCUGUGCAGGGUACAGUGAUCUGUACGCAUGUGAGGCGGAUAUCUUGUCGAGUAAGAUGCCCUCGGCUAUAGAGCAGUAGCCGGGGGCUCCUCCAACCGAUGGCACCCUGGUGCCGAGGGCUCACAGUGCCGAGGGCUACUGUUUUCGCCGUUUUCUCCCAGUUUCUUAAUUUGCUUGAGAAACCCGUUCUGUGAGAGUUUAGAGCCUUCGGCCAGGGGGCCGAAGGCACCCCUGGCGCGUAGUGUGGGCUGCUUGGUACUCUGGGCGCUGUGAUUUGGGCCUGUUGGGCCUUCUGGACCUGUUGGGCCUUCGCUGGAGUAGUAGGAGUCUGUGGGCCGGGGGUUCCCGGGCCAUAUACUCCAUCAGGAGUCCCUCACUCCUUUUGCCGAAAGGUACUUGAGGGAAAAUGAGUAAUUUGUGCUUGCCCUUUGAUGUUGUCCUAUCGUGAUCUCUGAAGUUGGUGAGGAGUUGUUGCUUUUAUGUCCCUGCCGAAGGCAGUCCCUCAGUUACCCACAUGUCGGGACUUGAGGGCUUGCUUUGUCGUUUGUUGGAAUUUCACUAAUUUUGUAAUUUAAUGAUUUUCCCGAGGGGGUCCUCCAGUCCCCCACUCCUUGAGGCACUUGUAAAGUGGUGAAAAGGAGUAGAGUAGUUGCGUUGCUGUUGUGGGCCGAAGGCUGACGCUUUUCGUUUCAUUUUGGGGGGAUGCCUCGUUAAAAACCUCAUUAGGAAAAACCCUGAGGGAAAAAAUCCUAAUGAGGGAAAAAGAGUGCACCGAAUUCCCCCAAUGAUGAAUCGAAAAUGUGGAACCUUGGUCAAAAAUGGAGAACAACGGUAAUGCCGAAGGCUCUUCCUUGUUCUGAGGGCUCAUGUGUUGAUUAGCCGAAGGCUUGCUGUUGAUGUCCUGGGGGGCGCCGAAGGGGAGCCCCUCAAUCCGGGGAUCGAGGGCCUGCUGGAUGAGGGCAGCAGUGGGGUUGUUACCGGGGGGUCCACUGUUUGUUGAUUAGUUGGUGAUGAAGAUACCCGAGGGCUCCCAUUACCUGUGUGCCAUGAGUUAUCCGUCAAUGAGGCAACUCCCCGGGGGCUACCCGAUUUUGCAAUGCUGAGGGGGAAUCCCCGAGGGGUGCCCUGAUAUGAAGCCCUGGGUUUCUGAAGGAGUGAUCCCGAAGGCGUCUGUUAUGUGCUGUGUGGGGCACAACCCGGGGGCGUCUCUGGGUAAGUGUACCCAGAAGCUCUCCUUGACGAAGAGGAGUGAAGUAGAAAACCCGGGGGCUUCCAGAAUAUAGCCGUUGGAAAUAUAGCCGUUGGAAUAUGUAACGACAGGAUAUAGCCGUUGGGGGGGGGGGCACACGUGGCGUGUGAUGGCUGGCUGUCCGUGGGCGGCAUCACGGGUUGGGUGAAGACGCGGUGUGUAAUGAUGGCGGUCCAUCCGGAGGCCCGGAAUCCAGGCCCAAGCCCGGAUUCCAGCGCCUAUAAAUACCCCAAGGCCAGAGCCAUUUCCUCUUGUGCGAUCAGUUGUCUUAGCGAAGCUCUGCCAAAAAUUCUAGUGAGAGAAACUCCAGCCUUCGGUCAAAACUCUGCUUUCAAGGUCAGUGCCCCCUGCCUUUCUCCUUCUAGUUUAGCUGUGCAUUGUGCCCUCGGGUUAGGAGAUAGAAUUCCCUAGAAACCUUAGUUCCCCCGAAACCUCGAGCUAGAGUUAGAAUGUCGUCCCAGAGUGACUCUCAGGACAUCUCGAGGACCCCCUCGGUUCAGGACGAAAGCAUCUCCGACAUGGAGUCCAGUAGCAGACAGCCCUCGGGUGGUGGUGAUGCAGCUCUCGCCACCGAGGUGCAGAAGGAUCUGGUGGCCGAGGUCGAGGCGGAAGGAGUUCGAGCGAACCGCCGAGGAUGAGGAGUUGGCCCUCGCCGUCCAAGUUGCUGAAGAGGAGGAGGAAAAGGAGAGGGCGAAGGUCACUGUCGCUGUUCUUCCCCCCGGGGCUCUGGGGAAGCAAGUAGCUCGAGGCCGCUGGACCCGACGCCGUUAAGUGUAGCCCCCGGGAAGAAGAGGAGAAAGACGAAGGCUGGCCCCCAGAAGAAAGUGAGGGCCGUUGAUCAAGGGGGGCCAGUUGAUCUACCGGAGGGUUACUCCUUCCUGGACACCGCCGCUCUGGAGAUUAAGUCCCAAGCUGACAGGGCGGACAUCUACAUCACCCAGUUGCACGUAGGGCCCUCGGCCGUAGUAGUCGAGCCAAGUCCUGAUGACGUGCUGUCCCGGCCUCCCGAGGGAUGUAUAGCCGUGCACGUGCUCUCGGUUUCACUGGGCCUCCGGUUCCCUCUCCAUCCGUUCCUCCGGGAGUACCUGAGGUACACUGGCCUGGUUCCUUGCCAAUUGACCCCCAAUAGCCAUUCAUACAUAGCUGGGUUUGUGAACCUGUGCAAGCUCCGGGGGGUCACACCGAGCUUGGAGUUAUUCUUCCAGAGCUUUAACCUAUGCCGGGGAGGGGGGGGGGGGCAUACUAAUGCCGAGGGCUAUGCGAACUUACAGCAGAUAGCCCAGUUCAAACUGUUCACCGAGGCCCCUUCUUCCAACAAGGGGUGGAGAGAGCGAUGGUGCUACAUCCGACUGGCCGACAGCCCUUUCCCGAGGGAGUUGCGGAAUUGCUUUCGGCGCCAUGUGAAGGUCAAGAGUGCCGCCCUCGAGAAUGAUGGCCUGAAGAUUGCCAAGAUUCCGGAGGGUCGGGAUAAGAACAUCACCAUCAAGGAGUGCAUCCUCAAGGAAGACCUGUAUGCCCUCGGAUUCCUGAGGUAUCGGUUCAUUGGGGAGACCGAUGAGAAGUAUCCCCUCUACGAUAAAGCCUUCGUGGGAGCAGGAGGUAGCGGCCGAGGGCUUUACAUUUUCGUACUUAGAGAUUUUUUGUCAUGUUUGUUGUCGUGUCUCUGACCCCUCGGUUCUAACCUUUCAACUUGUUGCUGUCGUUCUUUGCAGGUAGCAGGAUGAAUGCACACGCCCUGUUCGCGAAGAGGAAGGGCAAGACCCAGUCAAAGGAGAAGGGGCCCUCGGACCAGAAGCCAGUCGACGCGCUUUUUCCGAAGGUCAUAGAGCCUUCCGCCGGGGACGCCCAUGCUGCUGUGGGGACCAGGGGAUCGAAGGCCGAGGCGGCCGUUAAGAAAAAGAGGAGCGAUAAGGGGGUGGAGCCCCCUACCAAGAAGCAGAAAGCCGCCGGGGGCGCCGUCGAGGGGGCGGCCCCCCUCAUAGUUAUUGAUGACACGCCCGCCGCUGAUGGGCCCCUAUCCUCGGUCACCCCGAAGGCUCUGGUGAAUCCAUCCCCGGAGAGAUCCGUCAGCUCUCUUUUGCCCCGGGAGAUCCGUCAGCUCUCUUUUGCCCCCGGCGCUUCAUUGAUGCACGGCACUGCCGAGCCGAGGGCCUUCCUGCGGGGCAUCACCUCGAAGAUGGACAGGGAAGUCUUCGAGACCUACGAUGAUGAUGCCCUCGAGAACAGGAUCCUCCGGUCCUCGCUCACUGCCUGCAUAGCCCUCGGGGAACAGGCCCGAAGGCGCGAGGAAAGGCGCCUUCACGAGGCCGCCCAGGAUAAGAAGAUGGAGGGGCUGAUCCGCAAGAACUCCGAGGCGGUGAAGCAUGCUGCCCAGCUGGAGGAGGCCCUCCGGGAGGCGAAGGCGGCGGCGGAGAAGGCCAAGGCUGACGGCAUAGCCGAGGGCAAGGCUGAGGCCGAGAGGGUUGCUGCCGAGGCGGCGAAGAAAGCUUUCGAUGAGGCCAAAACCGCCUAGGAGGGAGCUGUGGCCAAGGCCCGAGGGGAGGCAGUUGCUGAGUUUCUCGCUGAGGGCUGGAGGAUGAGGGCCAUAAGGAGUGGGUGGCCUCCGUGGUGGCGGCCUCGGUGGAUGCUUGGGUAGAAGGCCCCGGGGUUGACUGGCUGACAGAUAGGGGCGACGCCUACUAUCAGGGGGGUGAGUUUUUUACCCAGCAUUUGAUUUACCGGAGGCUCGCCAGGCACUUCGGCGUAUCCCUUGAUCAAUUCGACCCCUCGGCAUACAUCCUCCCCCCAUUGCAACCAGACGUGAGAGUUCCCCUCCCCCCGGGCGAAGAGCGGCCGACGAUAUAUGAUUCCGUGAUGAUGGGGGGUGAUGGGGGCGGAGCCGUCGGAGGUGAUGCUGCCGGGGAAGAAGUCUCCUCAAAAGCUGCCGUGGAAGAUGCCCCCGGAGAUAACGAUGCUGAAGCCGCAGAGAAAGUUUGUACUUAGUUAAUAUUUAAAACUUCUGUUGUAACGGACACCUUUGAUCCCUCGGCUUCGGCCUGUCUGUAACGAUUACAUUGACUCCUUUUUGUUGUAAUUGAAUGAUUGCCUUCGGGCUUUGUAUAUAUGACCUGUUUUCUCCAAUUCCUUUCUUCUUGAAU